AUGGCGAACUCAAAUGGUCUCAAAUUACCUUCCCUGCAGAGGUUGCAAUCUGCUGAGCAAAUGGAACUCCUCGAUGUCGUUGAUUCUCUCCGCGCUCAAGGCUUGAGCGAAAUCGUCGCCUUACCUCAGUUGAUUGUCUGUGGAGACCAGUCUAGCGGCAAGAGCUCUGUGUUAGAAGCAAUAUCGGGAAUCCCAUUCCCGAGGCAAGAAAACUUAUGUACUCGAUUUGCAACGGAAGUUAUUCUUCGCAGAGCAGCGAAAAAUGAGAUCUCCGUGUCUAUUGUGCCAGGGAAAGACAGAGCACCGCCCGAACUGGAUCAAUUGUUGAAAUUUGGACACGAGUUGACAACGCAAGAUGACUUCAAAGGGUUAUUCAAGGCUGCUGGGGAUGCCAUGGGGCUGUCCAGUUCUGGAAAAUCCUUUUCCAACGAUAUCCUAAAAAUCGAAUUCUGUGGUCCAUCCCAACCUCAACUUACCCUUGUUGAUCUUCCCGGUCUUAUCCAUUCAGAAACCAAGUCACAAACUGCCGGCGAUGUGCAGCUAGUCCACAAUCUAGUGCUACAAUACUUGAAGAACCCACGAAGCAUCAUUCUCGCCGUCGUAUCCUCGAAGAACGAUAUUAGCAACCAGAUCAUUCUACAGCGAGCUCGACAGGUUGAUCCACGAGGCUUACGGACACUUGGAAUUAUCACUAAACCCGAUACUUUAGUGAAGGGGUCUAAGAAUGAGGAGUCAUUCAUCGCCUUGGCAAGGAACGAGGACGUUAAGUUUUCAUUGGGGUGGCAUGUGGUCAAAAAUCUCGACUCGGCCAUUAAGAAUGAUGAGGAUCAUUCCCGCGACGAGCUUGAAGAUCUUUUCUUUAAGGAAAGUCACUUCAGUCGUCUACCCACAAAUACAGUUGGGAUUACAUUCUUACGAACCCGCCUCAGCAAAGUUUUGUUUAACCAAAUACAAACAGAGCUCCCAAGGCUCGUUGAAGAUAUUCAAAGUCAGGUUACAGCUGCAAGAAUUAUUCAAGACAGGCUCGGACCUAGUCGAGCGGAACUUGAGGAGCAGCGAUCCUUCCUUAUUUCAAUCAGUCAGUCCUUUCAGAGUAUCUGCCGAGAUGCUGUGAGGGGCGACUAUGACCAUGAGUUCUUUCAAGACGACCCGAACCCUGAGAGGCGGUUAUGUGCAAACAUCAUGAAUUUGCAUUUCAGAUUUGCUGAGAAGAUGCGAAAAUCGGGCGCUUCCUGGGUUAUUGUGGAUGAGGAGACAUAUGAUCCAAAGUGUCGGACGCGCGAGAAAGCCAUCAAGGAAGCUAGCAAGCUCUUGAAACGUAGUCGCGGGCGCGAGCUACCUGGUCUCCCAAAUCCACUUCUUGUUGGCGAGCUUUUCCGCGAGUAUAGCCGACCGUGGGAGGACCUUGCUAGGCUCCACAUCAAAAACGUCUGGGAAGCCGCAAACAGAUUCCUCGAGCUAGCAAUAAAAUAUCUGGCGGAUGAGGAUGCUUGUGAGAAAGUCUUGCGUUUCUGGUUAUACCCAAUCAUGGACGAAAAGUUGAACUCGGCUUAUGACAAGUUAAAUGAACUUUUGGAAGUUCACAAAGAUCACCCUUUGACGACGAACUAUCAUUUCAUAAACAAUACCAAGCCAAAGGAUGCCGACAGCAAAAAGGGACUUGAAGAAACAUUGAAGAAAGAAUUUACACAACCCGGUCAAAAGAUGACCAUCGAUGAGAUCAGCCGCCUUCUGUCAAACAUGAGCCCAAACGAUGCCCCGGAUAUGGAUAUGAUUGCUGCAGAAGAAGCUUUCAACAACAUGAAUGCAUUUUACGAAGUGGCGAUGAACCUCUUUACAGAUAAUGUCCCAACUCUUGCCAUCCAAGCACCUAUCAUCCGAGAAGUGCCGAAGAUCUUCUGUCCCACAGCUGUAUUUUCCAUGGAUGCUGAUAUAAUUAAGAAAAUUGCCGGGGAAUCAAAGGAGAAGUCUCUAGAGAGGGCUGCAAUUGUACGCCGGUUAGAAAUUCUUGAGAAUGGCGCCCGCAUAUGCAAACAAUAUGCCAAGAGGCCCCAGUCUUGUGAGCUUUACCCAAAUAUGACCUAUAUUGAAGACAAAGCUGAUGUUCUAGCUCUUGUUUCCUUAUCUAACGAUAGAACUAAAGUGGAGUCCCCAGUUCGAAGCAAAGAAUCCGGGAAGAGGCCGAUAAGUGAACGUGCAAAGUCGCCAGCUACCUCCUCUCCUUUUAACCAUUACGUUCCCCCUACUUGGAGUAACCCUUUCGAAACUCUACCCGAAUACAAUACGUCGAGCCCUAGUAUGUUUAACUUGAAAAACGAGUCUCAAACUGCCAAGGACCCAAAACCUGCCAGCCCAUUCUCUCUUUUUGGCUCACACAAUCUGAACACCACAAAGAGCGGCGAAGAUGGAGCAAAAUCUAAGAUGCCGUUUGGGAGUCCUAGCCCCGGUAUUGGGAGUCCUAGCCCCGGUAUUGGGAGUCCUAGCCCCGGAUUUGAGCGCAGGAUCAACGGAUUUGGAGCAAAGCCUUCGUUCGUAUCUAGCACAUCUUCUGAGUCAAGCACGGCAACGGCAAGUAGUUCCAUAUUUGGAAGAAAGUCUGAUGUGUCAACUAGUGGUGCAAGCCUCCCCCAAAGUAGCACCCAAGCGAAAAUGGCAAGAAUGGUCAUUGAGGCAACGCCACCUACGUAUUGGACACCAUAUAAAACCAAUUUGUAUCAAACAGAGGGAUUCUUCAGUGGGCCACCAAGUUUUGAUGAAUUUCAAAGCAUUAGUUCGAUGCCAAAAUUUCAGACAUUUUCAUAUGAGGAGCUAAGGCUUAGGGAUUAUAUGCUAGUAGGCAAGGCUUGA